AUGAUUUUAACAUUGUUUUUCACUAAUUUAUGUGCUCAUCUAACAGCAUCACAGCCUGAGCCAUGCUUCUUACGAUGUAAAGAUAACUAUUUACAUCAUAUGCAAUCAGAAAUGUCAGAUGUCGCAUCUGAAUGGACUAUCGACAUGGUCACACCUUUACAAGCUUUAUUAAGUUCAUAUAGUCAGAAAGGAUUACUUGAGAGGAAAUUAGAUAAAUUAUGCAAAUUAAAUGAUAAUUAUAAUUCUUGUUUGAACUCAUGCCCGAAUAACCAGGUGAAGAAAAUUCUGGAAUACGGACAGAAGUCAUGGAAUAUUCUUUGUGAACACUACAGAAAUGACACAGAGUUUAACACCCAUACUUUACCUUGUUGGUCCGAAAACGGACGAAAAAUAACAGAGAAGUGCAAGCAAAUGGCCUUUUACUUGCAAUCAGAAAUGAUGUCAAUCAUGGAAGGAGGUAUGGACAACAUAAAUGUGGGAAUAUCGAAUCUUUGCAAAAGUGUUCAUUCAUAUGACAAAUGCUUUGUUUGGGAGAAUUAUGAUGUAUGUGGCACAAGUGCAGGCAGAUUCUUAAUCGCUCUUACCCAUCAGACAUCACAUGCUUUAAUCGAGCUGUUGGAUGAAGUUCUCGGUUUACAGGAAUUGCCGAAAAGCUGUAAAGACUGGCUAAAUCAGAAAGAUAUCACUGGAUUGAAUAAACCUCGGACGAUUUUACGAAGGCUACGUAACUCUGAAUCAUUUGUAUAUUCAUAUUUUCUGUCAUUAUAUGUUAUAUUCGUUUAUUAUUAA